UGCAGUUCCUCUGACUGCCAGCAGGGGGAGUGUCUAUGCCGUUCAUCUCUGUUACCGCGGCCGGUGUGGGCGGUGCGACCCGUGGCAGCGAAUCUGCAUCCGAAAUCAUGUAGACACAGCAGCAGGACUCUGCUUGUCUUUCACCGGAUCGGUUGGAUCGUUUCUCAGUCGCAGCCCCCCCAGGUGAGGAGGAUUCGGGAUGGCCGGGGGUCGCCGAGGACUCGUGGCCCCUCAGAAUACUUUUCUAGAAAAUAUCGUCCGGAGGUCCAAUGUUUGGACAUUAUCCCAUAGACAGACAGACACCAAUUUUGUUUUGGGGAACGCCCAGAUUGUGGAUUGGCCCAUUGUCUACAGUAACGAUGGAUUCUGCAAGCUGUCAGGAUACCAUCGAGCUGAAGUCAUGCAGAAGAGCAGCACUUGCAGCUUUAUGUACGGGGAGCUCACAGACAAGGAGAUGUGUGAGAAAGUGCGGCAAACCUUCGAGAACUACGAAAUGAACUCGUUCGAAAUUCUCAUGUACAAAAAGAACCGAAUGCCCGUGUGGUUCUUCGUGAAGAUCGCUCCGAUCCGCAACGAGCAGGACAAAGUGGUGCUUUUCCUAUGCACUUUUAAUGACAUCACCGCGUUUAAGCAGCCCAUCGAAGACGAUUCUUCUAAAGGAUGGGCCAAGUUCGCUCGUCUCACUCGCGCUUUGACGAGCAGCCGCGGUGUCCUCCAGCAGCUGACUCCUACUGUUCAUAAAGGAGAGAACGUCCACAAGCACUCUCGUUUGGCUGAGGUUUUGCAGUUGGGAUCAGACAUCCUCCCCCAGUACAAACAAGAGACGCCCAAGACACCACCCCACAUCAUCCUGCAUUAUUGCACUUUCAAGACCACCUGGGACUGGGUGAUCCUUAUCCUCACCUUCUACACAGCCAUCAUGGUACCAUACAAUGUCUCCUUCAAGACCAAGCAGAACAACGUCACCUGGCUGGUGGUGGACAGCAUCGUGGACGUCAUCUUUCUCGUGGACAUUGUGCUUAAUUUUCACACGACGUUUGUUGGACCAGCCGGGGAGGUGAUAUCAGACCCGAAACUUAUCCGCAUGAACUAUGUAAAGACCUGGUUUGUUAUUGACCUGCUUUCCUGCCUACCCUACGAUGUCAUCAAUGCUUUUGAGAAUGUUGAUGAGGGCAUUAGUAGCCUCUUCAGCUCUCUGAAGGUGGUGCGACUUCUUCGUUUGGGCCGCGUGGCCCGCAAACUGGACCACUAUAUAGAGUAUGGAGCGGCAGUGCUGGUGCUGCUGGUGUGUGUCUUUGGCCUGGCUGCUCACUGGCUGGCUUGCAUCUGGUUCAGCAUCGGGGAUUACGAGGUCAUCGACGAGGAGGCCAAUGUGGUACGCACCGACAGCUGGUUGUAUCUGCUGGGGGAGGCAGUGGGCAACCCAUACCGCUUCAACGCCAGCGGUUCGGGCAAGUGGGAGGGCGGCCCGAGCAAGGACUCGGUCUACAUCACCUCACUGUACUUCACCAUGACCAGUCUGACUAGCAUCGGCUUUGGCAACAUCGCCCCCACUACGGACGGGGAGAAGAUUUUUGCCGUGGCCAUGAUGAUGAUCGGAUCCCUACUGUAUGCCACCAUCUUUGGAAACGUGACAACCAUUUUCCAGCAGAUGUACGCUAACACUAACCGCUACCAUGAGAUGCUGAACAGCGUGAGAGAUUUCCUGAAGCUUUACCAGGUCCCCAAAGGGCUCAGUGAGAGAGUCAUGGACUACAUUGUCUCCACUUGGUCCAUGUCCAGGGGAAUCGACACCGACAAGGUGUUGCAGAUCUGCCCAAAGGAUAUGCGAGCGGAUAUUUGUGUCCAUCUCAACAGGAAGGUGUUCAAAGAGCAUCCUGCAUUCCGCUUGGCAAGCGAUGGGUGUUUGAGGGCUCUUGCUAUGGAGUUUCAGACCAUCCACUGUGCUCCAGGGGACCUCAUUUACCACGCAGGCGAAAGCGUGGACAGUCUCUGCUUUGUAGUGUCGGGAUCCCUAGAAGUCAUUCAAGAUGAUGAGGUGGUUGCCAUAUUGGGAAAAGGCGACGUGUUCGGAGACGUGUUCUGGAAGGAAGUGAACUUGGCACAGGCCUGCGCCAACGUACGCGCGCUAACCUACUGUGAUCUUCAUAUCAUCAAACGUGAUGCCUUACAGAAAGUCCUGGAGUUCUACACGGCCUUCUCCAAUCACUUCUCACGCAACCUGGUGCUCACCUACAAUCUGAGGAAGAGGAUAGUCUUCCGCAAGAUCAGUGAUGUGAAGCGUGAGGAAGAAGAGAUGCGGAAAAGGAAGGAUGAAGCUCCUCUCAACCUUCCUCCAGAUCAUCCAGUGCGGCGCCUUUUUCAGCGCUUUCGUCAGCAGAAGGAGGCUCGGCUGGCAGCAGAGAGAGCGGAUCAGGGAGAACUGGACAUCGAGAAAGGUUUAGUCAUCAUGGAGAAAACUAUGGUCCAUGAAACCAAUGCUACAACUAGUAUUGUCACAGUGACCGAGAGCCCUGCCACACCUGAUGUCGCCUCCUCCUCGGCUUCAUAUGAACCUACUUCAAGGACCUCAAUCCAAGCCAAACUUCAUGCUCCUGUUGGCCACCAAUUAGGAUGUAAAUCUACUGAACCGACCAAAGCCAAAGGUUGGGGUCGGUUUAAGGAAGCAACAGGGAAGGCGGAUCUCUCCUGGAGUGCCGUUUCCAAAGCUGAGUCCAUGGAGACUCUUCCAGACAGGACUAAGUUGCAAGAAGAGCUGUCACUAAAGAAGACAGACUCCUGUGACAGCGGCAUCACAAAGAGCGACCUGCGGCUGGACAACGUUGGGGAAGGGAGCGUCCGAACACCUCAGGAACGAAGCCCAAUGCAGGCUGAGGGCAAGCGAGCUUUCUAUCCCAUUCCUGAACACAACCUUCAGGCCUCUUUGCUGGAGCUAAAGCAGGAGCUGAGAAGCGACAUUCACUACUUGAGCAACCGCAUGGCAGUCCUGGAGGCACAAUUAGCUGAGAUGCUGCAGCUGCUCAAAGAAAGAAAGAAUUCAGAGUGCUCACACCUGUAUGAAAUAUCCCGUCCUGGAUCUCCAGACACAGACAAGGAUAAUGAUAUGUUCUCGUAAACAGGAGUUUCGUGAAUAAGCUGCUGCGUCGGCACUGUAACUGUUUUUUCGAGGUAUGGUCCAUGGGGGUGGUUGGGUGAGUGCUGAAAUGGUUCUUCAUAUGGGGACAUUCAGAAGGUCAUUCUAGUUAUUCACUGAGAUGUGGCCUUCAUAUUCCUUUGCUGUUAUCGAUUGGCAUUAUGUUUGUAGAAGGAACUGUUUUUCAUCCAUUCAUUGUAAAACGACUGUAAAUUUUUGGUUCAAAUAUCAGAUCAUACACAUUUUUUCCACCUGUUUUACCAACAAUGCACAUCCCAGCACCUUUGAUUCAGUGAAUCAUGGAUUUCAAAUCAGGUGGACCUACUCAGUUCAGAAAGUAUUAUAAUAAUUUAAAAAUAUAUUUUUUUCACAUGUAUUGCAAUCUGCAGGUAAACUGUGUAGCAGUGAAGGUAAUUUCGCUGUUAUAAAAACGAAUGUCCUUCAUUGUCAAAAGGUUAAUGAAUAGUAGAUUUUUUUUUUAUUGAUUUUUUUUUUUUUAAUCAUCAACAAAGUACGUAGUGGAAUAGAAGCGUGGUUUUGUCUUGUGACCCGUCAAACCUCCAAGACCAAGAUGCUAUUUUGUAGUGUGAAUCAUCUUUGUUUGUAUUUCAUUCUAAAAUAUCACAAGAUUUUCCAAAAAGUCAGAUUAAUAUUAUUAUUAAUAUUUUUUUUUACAACACAUUUAAAAUGCCCAUCUAAAAAAUAUACUUGAAUGUGUGUUCAUCAUGUGAAAAAUAUCUAAUACAACUGAGGUGCACUAAUAAUUCA